CUUGACUGCAUGGAUUAUCUGGAAUUAAACGUCUGGAUGAUAUCGGCAACACAACGUGAGAAAAAUUGAGACUUUGGUGCUUCCACAAGGCAGAAAACUGACAAAAUGAUGCGAGGAGGUGCUCCAAUUGUUGUACUAAACCAAAACACGAAGCGUGAAAGUGGUCGUAAGGUUCAGCUCGGAAAUGUCGGUGCGGCGAAGGCUAUUGCAGAUGUUAUCCGAACAUGUCUUGGACCAAGAUCUAUGAUGAAGAUGUUAAUGGAUCCAAUGGGUGGUAUAGUGAUGACCAAUGAUGGCAAUGCUAUUUUAAGAGAGAUAACGGUACAACAUCCAGCUGCAAAGUCUAUGAUUGAAAUCAGUCGAACACAGGAUGAGGAGGUUGGCGAUGGUACCACCUCCGUCAUUAUCCUAGCUGGGGAGAUGAUGGCAGUGGCUGAACCAUUCUUAACUCAAAACAUGCACCCAACUCUAAUCAUAGAUGCCUACAAACAUGCUAUGGAGGAUAUGCUCAAAAUAAUGAAAGAUCAGGCUAAGCAGAUUGAUGUCUCCAAUGAUGAAGAGAUGCUUAAAAUAAUACAGAGUGCUGUAGGAACCAAAUUUGUAAACAAAUGGGGUGCCUUGGCAUGCAGUAUAGCACUUCAGGCUGUGAAGACAGUUUCAGUAGAAGAAAAUGGUAUUAAGGAAAUUGAUAUCAAGCGAUAUGCCAAAGUAGAAAAGAUUCCAGGAGGCACUAUUGAAGACUCUAAAGUUCUAACUGGUGUGAUGUUGAAUAAAGACGUUGUUCAUCCAAAGAUGAAGAGAAACAUAAAGAAUCCACGAAUUAUCCUUCUCGAUUGCAACUUGGAAUAUAAAAAAGGAGAGUCACAGACUAACAUUGAACUGAGCAGUGAGACAGAUUUCAACCGAAUCUUGCAACUAGAAGAGGAGUACAUUCAAAAGAUUUGCAAUGAGGUCAUUGCACUUAAGCCUGACCUCGUUUUCACUGAGAAGGGUAUCUCAGAUUUGGCUCAGCAUUUCUUAGUCAAAGCUGGAAUCUCCGCUAUUAGACGUGUGAGGAAGUCUGACAACAACCGAAUUGCCAGAGCUUGUGGGGCAACCAUUGCCAACCGCACUGAUGAAUUGAGGGAAGAAGACAUUGGUACCGGAGCUGGUCUCUUUGAAGUCCAGAAAAUUGGUGAUGAGUAUUUCUGUUUUGUCACUGAGUGCAAAGACCCAAAGGCAUGUACCAUCAUGUUGAGAGGCGCCAGUAAGGAUAUUUUAAAUGAAGUUGAAAGAAACCUCCAAGACGCAAUGAACGUGGCUCGUAAUGUUGUUCAGGAACCAUACCUUGUUCCUGGUGGGGGUGCUAUUGAAAUGGCAGUCUCAUUUGCCCUCAGUGAGAAGGCUAAAACAAUUACGGGAGUACAACAGUGGCCAUACCGUGCAGUAAGCUCUGCCCUCGAGGUCAUUCCACGUACCCUGAUCCAGAAUUGUGGCAGUAACACAAUCCGUACCCUGACAGCUCUGAGGGCUAAGCAUGCUAAGGAAGGCAACACAACCUGGGGAAUUGAUGGCGAGAAGGGGACAAUCGUAGACAUGAAUGAAUAUGGUGUGUGGGACCCAUAUGCAGUGAAAGCCCAGACAUUCAAGACAGCUAUUGAGACUGCUAUGUUGUUACUAAGGAUCGAUGAUAUCGUGUCAGGAACUAAAAAAGCUGGUGACCGAGAGGGUGCAGGAACUGUAGCCCCCACAACCGACGGUUAAACUAGGAUAUAUGCGGUCUGCUAUACAAUUUUGAAAAUAGACUGUUUCAUGUUGUGUAUGAUAAAAAUUCAGACCAAAUCAUAGCUGUAAUGCAUGUUCAGGGUGCACUGCUUGUUAAUAAGGUGCCCCAAACGUGUAUUAAUGCUUUAUGUCCAAAGCUGCAUUAUUGGUCGUAUUUAUGUUGUUGUUGGAGGUCAAGCUUAUGUUUUCUGUACAAAUAUGAAACUCAUAUUGGUCUUUGCCAGGGUAGUGUGUUAGCUAGCUUUAGUGGUAUAUUGAUGAGGAUAAAAUGUAUACCAUUUUUAUACCUGCUACUGUUGGAGGCAGUCUCAAUCUCCUUUUGAUAUGUUGUACUAACCUGACAUAUAAUCCAUUCUUGAUGCUACAUUGUUAUUUGUCAGAUUUAACAGUGUUUGAUAGGAUCUUUGGUGAAUCAGGGGAUUUUCCGACAUUUGAAGACCCAUAUUGCCUAAUCAAGCAAUGUCAAGUAUGGUAGAGAGUAAUCUUGUAGUGUAUGAUAUGCACGGCUUCAGACAGCUUAAGUAAAUUCUUGAUUACAACUGUAAAAACUCCUUCACAUUACUGUCAACAAUUAAAAUGUUUGUAAACAAAUUUAAUCCAAAAUUUGUUUAUGCAUGCACCUAACGCGUGUGUGUCAACAGCCUGGCAGGCUGAAAAAUGGCAACGGUAUAGAAAAUUAGACCAGGAAACUAAACAGUGACCUUUUAGAAACAUAAGGAUGUUUUAAAUCCGUAUGUGAUUUAGUUAUUUAAAACCAAUAAAAAAUUAAGACAGUUAUGUAUACUGAAAAUGUGUCAGGCUUUUGGUGCACUGAUGCAUGUAAUGGAUGGAGUCUAUGAAAUAUAGUAUUGUGAAUUACACUUAAAGUAGAUAAUAAUAAUAAAAACAACAUAGAAAUUGCAUGUUGUCUUCCCUUGUAAUAUACUUGAGGCUCUGACUACAAAAGAAAAAUUGACAAUCAUAAUAAUACUUUGUAACAUCCUUAAACUAUGUCCAGAUUAUCAAAUUUUCUUUGACAAAAAACUAUUGUAUCCCCAUUAUAUAUUCAUGAUGUGAUGUGUUGUCAUGACCAUGGCAUGUUUUUGUGAAAUAAAAUUUGAUAGUAUGGUAAUUUCCAAGGUGUACGUAAAUCGGUGGUUUAGCUGUCAUGAUCUCUUUAUUUAAUCUCAUUUGUUGCAGGCCACAAAAGACAAACAAACCAACAAGACGUACCAUUUUUUUUAUGUUGACAACAUCUUGAAGUUGGUGUGAAAAGUUGGUGUAACAAUCAAUAAUGAUGUACUGUAAUAGUAAUUUUAUCAAGGUUUAUUAGAGUGACACUUCUCUGAUCACAUAACCAAAAAAAAAACCAUUUUCUUUUCUUCUUGUAAGUGUAGCAACAAAGUAAUUUAUUUUAAAAACUAGGUGAUUGAGUGUGGAAAGCCAUAAUGCGUGCUUAUAAGGAAGGCUUGAGGGUUAUAUGUUACUGCAAUUUUUUUUUCUAUUGCGAUGUGUUUGCUAGUCGUAUGCAGCGGUUUAUAAAUUAGAGGCUUAUAAAUAAGCUUCUGAACAAAAUAAAACGGCCAAAUAAAUUGGUUCUAGUGACAAUA